AUGGAUUCAAAACAGAAUUUAAAAGAUUCACGAUCAUUGAGAUCUAAAGGUACAGAAGAUAGCUCGGACGAUAGUAGAUUUGAUUUUGAGCAAGAUGAAUAUUCAAUUGAUCCAAACAAGAAAUUUUUAAUCCUUCAUUCAAGGGUUAGACAAAAUGAUCAAGAGGUGUCGAUAGAUAGAACACAUCAGGUAACUGAUGAUGAGAAUGAUUAUGUCAAUAGUAAUACUGAUUCUAAAGUAGAAUUGGAUUUAAAUUUAAAAUCCGAUAAGUUAGAUGUUCAGAAAUCUAAAGGAUUGAUUACAAGUAUGAUCUUAGAUAUAAAAACAAAUAGAAUCGAUGGAGUUUACACUAAUCGCAAUGAUGUCUCCAUGGAUGGGAAUAUCGUUAAUAAUAAUGUCACCAAAACCUUAGUAGACCCAUUAAGUGAUGAAAGAUAUACAUCUUUUCACAAGAAAAUGUUAAAACAGGAGAAUAGGAUGCAUCAAUUUGAUGUGAAUCAGGGUAUUAAUGAGGCAGAAAGAUUGGAUCUCAUUUACGAUAAAUUGGACCUUCCAAAUUGGGUUUCUACCUUACAAAGAGUCACAAUUAUUAAUGACCCCACUGAUGAAAAGGAAUUACUUGAGAAGAAAAUAAUGACUAAACAACAUAUUAAAUCAUUAUUGAAUAAAUACAAUAGAAUGCAGAAAAGAAAUCGCUUUCUUCAGAAAUGCAUUAAAAGGAUUAGAACUAUACCAAUUCAAAGAACUGCAAAAAUAUAUCAAAAUCUAGACCGUAAAUGUGACAUUGAUUAUCAUAGUUCCUCGGAUGAGGAACAAGAUGAAUGUAGUAUCGAUAAUGCUGAGAUAUGUAGAAGAAGAUUACUAAGAAAGGAAACACAAUGUGGUGGAUCUAUUAUUAUUGGUAUAUCAUAUACCGAGUUACAUAAAUCAAAAUUUGUUAUCAUGGCAGAACCAUUGAAAAAACCAUAUAUUUUUAUGACAUCGAAGGAGGAAAGACAAAGUUGGAAAAAUUUAACUGGGAUUCCUAAAACAUUACAGGGUAACGUACGUACAAACAAUCAAAUAGCAGAAUAUAAACAAAAAAUACUCAUACCACUAACAUUGACCGCUGAAAGACUUAAUAAAAGUAUUGAUGCAAGUGACACUGCAGUUGAGAAUAAAAAUAAUAUUAAUAAAAAUCAUAAUAAUAAUGAUGGUGAUGAUAAUUGUGAGGCUAAGAGUAAACAUGAAAAUAAUCAAAAUAUUAAUGAUCUUCAGAUCAAUAAAAUUACUGAGGUUACAAAUAGCAAUGAUAUGGGCAAUAAAAAUCUAACAGAAAAUAAGAUGAGUAAUGAUAAUGAGGAGAAUAACAUUCGGAGGGAUAAUAGUAAUCAGAAUAUACAAUUAGAAAACUCAUGUGUAUCUUCAUCAGAUGGAUCAACAUCUUUACUUUUGUCUACUUCUACAAUAAAAACAAACCCGAAUAAUUAUGAAAAUAUUACAAUGAAUGAGAAACAAAAUACAUCAAUAAUAGCAAAAAGUGAAUCAUAUGAUGUAAUAACGAGUCGACUUUACGCCUCAGAACCUUGUAUUAGCUUUUUUGGGGAAGACACUGGUAAUAAUAAUAUUGAAAAAAGAAUAUAUAGUGUAGGAGAAGAUAUUGAUAAUAGAAGAUCAAUACCUACGGUAGCUGAAUAUAGACACAUGAAUAAUAGAAAUAUCAUGUCAAUAUCCAGCAUCACUAAUGGCACAUUGGAUAAUGAAAAUUACCAGAAUGGUAGUGAUUUUUAUAAAAGUGACAGUGAUAAGUAUAGUGUUAAUAUCCUUAAAGUUAGAAAGAAACCAAAAUUAAAUCCUAUUGAAGGAACAACAGCAGAUUUUAGCAGCACUUAA